CUUUAGACAAAAUAUUCCUGCAAGCGAAGCAAACCCGCGAUAUUCGUUCCCCACACAAGUGUCUGAUGGGCGCGUAGCACUUGUUAUACGAUUAGCCAUGUAAAAAAGUCUAAUUGGUCAUAAUUAGUUUCAAUUUGUGCCUUUUUUUUUGUUAUGUGCUACAAGUUUUAGUGUAGUAACUUGGAUUUGGAUUACAAAAACUUCUCAUAAACGCGAAAGGUCAGAAAUCCAUCGAUAUGUCAGAAUUAAACGGCCAAAUUCCAAAAUUUAACCGAACCAGCAGCAAAAUCUGCGCCACUCCCGAAGAAGAACUAUUAGAAGCCGUUUUAAAUAAUAACACAAUAAAAAUUCAACAACUCAUAAACAAAAAUGAAUCUUUGAUAAGUUACACUUACCCAGAUUACGGAAAAAGGAUUUUGCUGAUUGCUUGUUCCGAGGAAGCCGUUCAAGCUAAAACCGUUGAAAAGCUAUUAAAUUUGAGAGCCAACCCUAGAGAUCACACUGAGGAUGAUGGUUGGGAAGCGUUACAUUGGGCAGCACAGAAAACUGAUUUUGGUACUUUGGAUGUACUGAUUAGAAAGAACUCUGGCGAUAUAAAUGCUGCAGAUCAAUAUGGUAGCAACGCAUUGCAAAUAUUGGUACGACAUGGAAAAAAAGACUCUCCAGACUUCCUAAAGUGCGCAGAAUUGCUGAUAAAAAAAGGCAUCGACUACAAUCAUGUUGAUAAUAAGCAGAAAACUGCAUUACAAUGGGCCGAACGUAAGGGAGUAGGUGACGAUAUCAAAAAUAUUAUAGAAAAUGCUGGCAAUGCUAGAACACAGUUACCUCAACAGCAAAUGAACAACAAUCUGGAUAACGACAAGAUUGGAGGACGACUACAACAAUACCUUCUCCGAGGAGAUGAAGACUCUUUUAUCAACUCACACGGCGGUAACAUAAGAGAAAUUGUAGAUUAUUGCGGAGAGGAUGGUUCAACUCUAUUACAAACGGGUUGCAGCAAAAUGCUCAAUCGGGCAGUGAAACAUUUGCUCGAUAAUGGUGCUGAUCCUAACUUAAUUGGUAGUAAAAAUUCAACCAAACCUAUAUUGAUAGCAGCUGAGCAUGGAUCCAGUGAAAUCAUGAAGGAUUUACUGGAAAAAUACGACAAAAUUCAAAAUAUCCCAAAAGGAGUUUUGGGAACUAUACUUAAAUACAUCGACAGAGAAUAUCACGACAAUAAGGGAUGCUACAGAGUGUUUAUGGACAAAAUAAAAAACGGCGAUUUGGAUGAGGUUUCAUUAAAAUUAAAUGAAAUUGAUGAUAAUAAUAAUACGCCCAUACAUUUUGCUAUCAGGUACGCUGAUCAAGACAUAAUCGAAGAGCUCUUGAGCCUAGGUGCAUCUCUAGGGCCGAAAAACAGAUACGGAGUUAUGCCUAUUCAGGACCUUCAACCAGAAACGUUGGAAAAACAUCUGGAUAACUGUGUAACCUUUAAUAUGAAAAGCAAAAAAAUUGACAAGGAAGAUUUUCAAGUUAAAUUCAAUUAUCGAUCUCUUAUACCACCUUAUGCGAAGUCAGCUCAUGCGUAUGAAGAUUGUGAAGCCAUCGACUUACAGGGAAGAAUUGAAAAAGAAUUAGUGGCUGAGACUGAGGUGAUAUUCUUCAUGAGUAAAUCAUCGGAAUUCAAACACCUACUUAAGCAUCCUGUAAUUGUUAGUUUUCUCUUUAUGAAAUGGUUGCGCAUACAAUGGUUGUUUUGGGCCAAUUUAGCCUUUUACGUUACUUUCGCCCUCUCUCUAGUAGUUUAUAUUUUUUCGGAUUACGCUUACUUCAAUCCAGAAGAAAAAUCUAAUAUUCACGUGAUAUUUUCAAAGCUUUCUUUUGCUAUCCUUGUCUUAACCCUUCUGAUUUUAGUUAUACGAGAGCUUUUCCAAAUAAGCGUUGCUCCACUUAAAUAUUUCAAAAAUUUCGAAAAUUAUAUUGAAAUUAUUUUGAUAGUUAUAACAUCUAUGAUGGUGCUUAUAAAAUCUCCUUCUGAUGAUACCCGUAAGCAACUUUCUUCUUUAUCAAUUCUUUUGGCAGCUUUUGAAUUAGUUCUUAUGCUAGGCCAACAUCCAUAUUUUUCCACAAAUGUAGUAAUGCUUCGUACAGUCUCUUUUAACUUUUUCAAGUUCCUUAUCUGGUACUCUUUGUUAAUUAUUGCUUUCGCUUUAAGUUUUUAUUUGUUGUUCACUACCCAUACUCAACCACUUACUAGCAUUGAAUUGAAAAAUGACACUGAUUCAGAGGAUAAUGAUAAAAGUUUUGAAAAUCCCGGCAGAUCAGUGUUCAAAACCAUAAUAAUGUUAACUGGCGAGUUCGAUGCCAGUGAUCUAAACUUUGAAACAUUCCCUGUAGUAAGCAAAUUAAUUUUUGUCCUAUUUAUAUUCAUGAUAGCGAUUAUUUUGCUAAAUCUCCUUAACGGUUUGGCUGUAAGUGACACGCAAAUGAUUAAAAACGAUGCUGAAUUAGUUGGUCAUAUUGCAAGAGCCGAACAUAUUCGUUACGUAGAAAGCAUGCUGCUUGGAAAUAUCCUUCCUUCAAACAUUGUCCAUAAAUUACGAGGAAUUUGUUGCUGUUUGCCACGUUCGCAUAAUCGAGAAUUAAAAGUUGGCAAACUUUUUGCUGUAGACGCAUGCUUGUUUCCAAAAUAUUUAAAUUAUGAACUCACAUUUUACCCUAACAAAUAUGGACUCAUAGAGCCAGGCUCUAAAGAUCAAAAAAUUAUUAAAAGAGGUUGUGCUCCAUGCGCGGCAAUUUAUUUGGAUAAAGAUACUGUGAGACGAACUAAUAAUAUUGUGCAUGCAAAAAGAGACGAAGCUAAUCAGAAUGGAGACGAUCACAUCAAGAAGCUGGAAUUGGAGCUUUUGAAAUUGCAGGAUAAGAUGGAUGGAAUUUAUCAUAUUUUGAAGUCUUUGAAUAAUUCUUCUGUAGAAUAAAAUAUUGUGAUACUGAUGUUAUUAUUUUUAUACGGGGUGCUUCAAAAGCAAUGUAUUAUGUGCAAACCCUUCUGAUUUACGAAUAAUUUACUUAUUUAGGUUUUUAAGCGUAUCUACCUAUUUUAUAAAAUAAAAUAUUUGUGAAUUCUUAACAUUGACAUAAAAAUGCAAGUUAAAUCUAAAAUGAUAUUUUAUGAAUUAUUUAAAAAAAAUAUAUGUAAAUUAAAGGAUAUUUGUUUAAGACUAUUUUAUUUUUGUAGAACAUCCUGAUACAUAUUUAAAAUUAUGUACAGGGUAUUUGAUUAUAUUUGGCACCAUACCUACAGCCUUUACUAUUUAAAUAGAAAAAAAAAAUUGAUACAAAACUUGAGAGUUAUAUUUUAUUUUAACGUUAUCAAAAGAAAUAAACGCGCAUCGAAAAAUGGAAAAAGGUAGACAACUUUUUUUAAUAGAACACCUUGUAUAUUAUGUGAUAAAAUGAAAAAUUAUUUCUUCCUGAUUCCAAAUGUAUAUACAGUGUGCGCCAUAAAGUUGCCCAGAAAACACACUACAUACUUAAAACGUCCAUUUUAUGUCAUAUUUACGUCCGUACGUCAUAUGACCUAUUCAGAACGUACAUAAGACGUACACUUUUGUACCUUUUAUGUAGGUACAUAUUAAACAUCCAUAUUACGUACAGUUACGUCCACCAUUUUGGUUUUAUGUUUAAAGUGUAAAAUACAAACAGAUCUGUAGGAAUUUAAAUUUGAAUAAAGUCUGUUUUUUUUUAAAGAUAAAAGUCAAAAUGACAUUAUGUUGGCAAUACAAUGUGAAAUUGUCAAUGCUUUCAAAUUUUUUAUGUAGAAAAGGCUUGUGUUGCUAACAUAGUUACUAAAUUUUUGAUUUGGGGAAUUAUAUUUUAAAAAAAACAGACUUUCUUUGAAUUUCCCUCUCAUUUAUGGUCAUUUUGAAAUUUGAUAAAUGAUGACGUAGAUGUUAGGAUAUCCUUGUUCCGAGAUUGAGGUUAUGUCGUUAUGUCUUUAUGUCUUAUGUGAGAAUGUGAGGUGGCGAACGACACGUUAGGUUAGAAGCCUGUUAGAAAUUUUGUGCAAAAGUUAUGUGAAAAUUAUUUAAUAAAGAAAAUACAGCAACAAUUUAGUUAAUUAGACCCAUCCCUACAAAUUCAGAAGUGAGAUAAGCAAAAAAGUUUAUGUGUUAUUGUGAUGUUGAUGGAUGUUUCCAGAACAGGAGGUUAAAAAUUAGUUCUACUGUAGACCUGCUCUAAGGUUGUUAUAGACAGAAUAUUCCCAAUUUUAAUAAUAAAUUAAGUUCAGUCAGUUCAGUGAAACAGUGUUGUGCUAAUUAGUUUACCAGAGUCCCAACCCAAUCAAUCCUUAACAGAAUGUUGUUGCAGUUCUUUUAGGUUAUGCUUUAUUUAUGUAGGUAUAGUUGCAAUACUUAUGAAAUAAUGUUUUUCUUUUGUUGUUAUUCCAGGUUUAGUAAGCUAAUAGCGAAUAAAUAAUAAACGAUUUGAGUAA